ACGUGCUCGUCUCCUGGUUUGUAGCUUGACGCUGAUUUACUCAGGUACGCAUCCCAGCCGAGCGCAAAGGAAGAGAAGACGAAGAACCACCCACCAUUCAUUCGUCCAUCCAGCCAGCGAGCCCAGCAUCCUUGUUUUUUUAGCCGGACGCCAAGCAUCCCACAACGGCCAUGAAGGCGCUCCUCUUGCUGGUGCUGGCGGGCGCGACGUCGCGCGCGUUGUCGGCGGAUGGCGACAUCUCCUUCGAGUACCACCGCUACGAUGAGCUGCGCAAGGCUUUGGUGUCCGUGUGGCUGCAAUGUCCCACCAUCGCGCGCAUCUACACCAUCGGCGAGAGCUUCGAAGGCCGCGAGAUGCUCGUCCUCGAGAUGUCCGACAACCCUGGCACGCACGAACCGGGCGAGCCGGAGUUCAAGUACAUCGCCAACAUGCACGGCAACGAGGCGGUGGGCCGGGAGCUUUUGGUCUACCUGGCUCAGUACCUUUGCAACCAGUACCAGCAGGGAAACCAGAGCAUCAUAGACCUGAUCCACAAUACGCGUAUCCACCUCAUGCCCUCCAUGAACCCGGACGGAUUCGAGAAAGCCGCCUCUCAGUCCGGGGAGAUGAAGGACUGGUUCGUGGGCCGUACCAACGCUCAGGGGGUGGACCUCAACCGCAACUUCCCCGACCUGGACAGAAUCGUCUACGUCAAUGAACGAGAAGGUGGAGCCAACAACCAUCUGUUGCAAAACAUGAAGAAGUCUGUGGAUGAAAACACCAAGCUGGCUCCCGAGACCAAGGCAGUGAUCCACUGGAUCAUGGACAUCCCCUUCGUCCUCUCUGCUAACCUGCACGGCGGGGAUGUGGUGGCCAACUACCCCUACGAUGAAACCCGCAGCGGCUCGGCCCACGAGUACAGCGCCAGUCCCGACGACGCCAUCUUCAAGUCGCUGGCCAAGGCCUACUCCAGCUACAACCCCGUCAUGUCCGACCCACAGCGGGCGCCCUGUCGCAAGAACGACGACGACUCCAGCUUCAAGGACGGCAUCACCAACGGAGGAGCCUGGUACAGCGUUCCCGGCGGAAUGCAGGACUUCAACUACCUGAGCAGCAACUGCUUCGAGAUCACGCUGGAGCUGAGCUGCGAUAAAUUCCCAGCCGAGGACUUGCUCAAGAGCUACUGGGGGCAGAACCGCAACUCGCUGGUCAGCUACAUCGAGCAGGUUCAUCGUGGCGUUAAGGGCUUCGUGCGAGACCUGCAGGGCAACGCCGUUAGCAACGCCACCAUCUCUGUGGAGGGCAUCGAGCAUGACAUCACCACAGCCAAAGAUGGCGACUAUUGGCGUCUGCUGACUCCCGGCAACUACAAGGUGGCAGCCUCGGCUCCGGGAUACUUGAGCGUCAUCAAGAAGGUGGCCGUUCCGCACAGCCCCGCGACCAGGGUGGACUUUGAGCUGGAGUCUUUGAUGGAGCGCAAGGAAGAGGAGAGGGAGGAGCUGAUGGAUUGGUGGAAGAUGAUGUCCGAGACACUCAACUUCUAAACGGACGCCCGGAUGACGCCCGGCUCCUAUCAGUCCUUUUCUUUCUUUUCUUCCUUCAUGUUUGAAUAAUCUCCACACACACGCACACACGAAAGAGAAGGAACUUUGUUUCGUUUGCUGUCAUUUUGUUGUUUAUCGUGAUGAGUGGUAACCACGGCAACCAUCCUACUAAUUAAUGAGAGCUGAAGACACAAAAACGCACAAAUCAAUAAGGACUUUUAAAAAAAGAUCAUCAAUGAUUACAGCACAGCCUGGCUCUGAGCACAGAAUGACUUAUGAAUAUAAACGUGUAUCUAUGAAAAUAUAUCCAACUGUAUUUAUUAAAGAAUAGCGAGAAAUGAUCGUGCGUGUUUUUGUAACGUCAAAAAAGCAAACCCAAAGCCAUUCCUUCGUAAGGUGCAACACCCAAAAAGGAACCGUGAAAGCUUUUCUUCAUUUCAUUUGAAUGCGCGAGGCAAAAUAUCAACUCAUACAUGUCAUGUAUGGAAGAUAUGAUGAAUGUAUAGCUGUUGGAAAACGAGCAUAUAUAAGAAUGAAACUGAUUCAACAAAUAAAAGUCUCUGGUUAUGUUG